UACGUGUUUCGAUCGAGUGCUGUGAAGAAAGCAAAUCAAAUUUGUAUACACACAAACAACAACAAAAAGAAGAAGAAAAAAACGUUAAACAUACAAAACAACAGAGCUGCUCCCAAGUACAGCAGAUCAAUAAACAACUCAACACACUUUAAAAAUGGAAUACCGGUGCUUAAGUAGAAGUUCUGUCAAACAGCUAACGGCACUCUGCGUCAUCAGCAUUGCACUCAGAUGCGCCAACGCGGCGCUGUGGCCGAGCUUCAGCAGCAGCAGCAGCAGCAGCAGCGCUGACGAUGCGCCGCCGCCCAGCAAAUGCGUCGGUGCGCGUGGACUUAAAUAUUUGUCGGGCGAUGCGUUGACAGAUUCACUAGACUGCCUGGGUCCGAAUAAUGCGCCUUAUCCCAGUGCGGCCGUUGCGCGCACAUUCUCCAAUUGGAACGGAAAUUCGCGACGUGGACGCCAAAGUAAAUUGCCCAGCACGUUGGAUCCAGCAAUAACGACGAGUGCAUUGUUGAGGGCCUACGAUGAGGUGAACAAUGAGGCUAUCGGAAGCAAUCGUUAUGGUCGCUCGCUAAAGAACGCUACGCCGGCGCAACAGUGCAAAAGCGAUACGCCGGCGAGACUCUGCAAGACGCGCUACAACACCACGGCGCCCAUGUAUGGCGUUAGCUUGACCUCGGGUCAGCCCGUGACCAUUGUGCAAAAGUUUCCCGAUCUGCUGCAGCAGGUCGUCUUCGAGGUGUGCGAAUCCUCCGAAUGCGACGUGGUGCGCGGCGAGUGCACGCAAACAUAUGUGCCGUAUUUGUUCCUGGUUAUACCACUUGGCCCCGUAACGCUGACCGGCCAGGAUUAUGUGCUGGUUGAGAGUGGAUGCGUUUGCAAGCCGAAGUAUUCGACGGGCGCCGCUCAGGAGCCGAACAUGAUACCGUAGAGGGAGGGAGUUGGAGAUGGCAGGUGGGAUGUGGAAUGGUGGGAUUCGAAAGUGUGAUCCUUACUGGUACACAACAGCAACCAAAAGAACUGAGCGAGGUUACGUAUGAUGGGGUGGAGCCGCAGAAUGUGCUUAAAUGUGGAAUUAUUUUUUGUAGCAAAAUCAAAUGUUCAAUGUUAUUUAUUAUUCGUUUCUAGUUUGUCUCUCUUAUCUCUCCCUGUCGCUGUAAAAAUGGAAUAGAUUUUUGCUCGAAAAAUAAUGCUAGUAUUAAGUUUUUAAUUAAAAUUUAUGCAUUUAAACUUAAUAUCAUUAAAUGCGCGCACCAUCAGCUGCAAUACAAAUUAUUAGAUUUGUAGUCAGAAAAAAAAGAAAAGAAAGCAAAACCGACAGAUUAAAUGAACAAUUUACAUGGCAAAACAAACAAAUUUAGUUUAUAUUUACAAAUAGUAAAUUAAUUAUA